AUGAAAUUUAACGCCUCCAAGUGUAAGGUAUUAACAAUAACUCGAAAAAAAUCACCUGCAAUUACUGACUAUCGUCUGGGAAAUGUAAUUUUACAACGCGCUCACCAAGAAAAAGAUCUGGGAAUUAUUGUCAAAAGCAACUUAUCCUGGGAUUCUCACAUUUUCUCAAUCGUCAGUAAAGCCAACAAGAUGCUUG